GUAUUGCCUUCGGUACUGCACUGCUCCGCCACAAGUAUUUUUAUUAUGUCACUUUCAUAACGAAACUGAAUAUCAUCUGUAUGUAAUGCAUCUUUUCACUGAACCUUGAAGUUUAUCCUUUCAACGCGGGUGAUGGUGGCAGGAGGAGCGCAAGGCAUCUGUUGGUGACGAUAUUUGGCAUGGAUACUGCUUCAGAUCUCAGGGGCUUUACACUGACCUUCUCCUUGGCAGAAAUAUGUGGCGCGCUGGCCGUCAUCCUCACGGUGGCGUGGGUGGGCCACUUCCGCGGCGGGUUCGCCUGGCAGGCCAACCCGGCCGUCGAGUUCAACUGGCACCCGGUGCUGAUGGUCACCGGCCUGAUCUUCUUGUACGCCAACUCCGCGCUGCUGUACCGCGUGUUCCGCAGUGAGCGGAAGCGUAAGCUGAAGCUGGCGCACGCGCUGCUGAACCUGACGUCGCUGCUGCUGGUGCUGAUCGGCCUGAAGGCGGUGUUCGACUCGCACGACCUGGCCUCGCCGCCGAUCCCCAACCUCUACUCGCUGCACUCGUGGGUCGGCCUCUGCGCUGUGCUCCUGUUCGCCAUGCAGUGGAUUGUCGGCUUCGUCUCGUUCCUGGCGCCGGGCCUGAGCGGCUCCCUGCGGGCUCGCUACCUGCCCUGGCACCAGUUCUUCGGCAUGGCCAUCUUCGUCACUGCUUGCGGCGCCGCCAUCAUGGGGCUGAUGGAGAAGGCAUUCUUCGCGCUGAACCCCAAGAACAAUGAGCAGCCGUAUUCGAAGCUGCCGCCGGAGGCGUACCUGAUCAACUUCGUGGGCCUGCUGCUGGCCGUGUUCUGCUGUCUGGUGGUGUUCCUGCUGUCCCACGGCGGGUACCGGCGGCCGCCGCAGCCCGAGGACGAGAUGCUGCUCCGCGACACUGUCAUCGACUAGAGCCGGCACCGGACCCCAGCUGGAGGGCAUACGGAGGCCAGGACGCCAUGACGGGUGGAAGAGGAGGGGAACGGACAGCUGCCUCCGGAGGCCGGGACAGUCACACCCACAGCUCACAAGUCAGGUCGGGUCGGAGGAGGGCGUCACAGGCGCUGAACGGUAAGGAGCGGGCCAGGCACCUGCCGCUGGGCGGCACAGUCGUCCGUGGGCCCGCGUGACCGAGGCUGCGUGGCGGUCUGGUCAGGCGAGCUCACUGGACAGGGAGGGGCGCCGGUACCCGUCGCGGGGUGUCUGGAGAAGGAGAGCGGCGCUGCGCGCGCCGGCAGCGGCAGGUGUCGGACGUCCCGGCAGCGCGGACCGGCCCGAUUUUCGGCCGAGGCUCAGUCUAAUGACGACCGCGGUGGGUCCACAUGUGCUGUUCCGGCUCUCUGGAACAUGCUGUCCCGGCUCCCCAUGCUCUCUUGGUGCCCCUCCGCAGCAGCGCGGGUAUGUAUUAGUGUCGUGACCGUAGUUGUAUUGGUGUUGUGCAAUGAUAUAUAUCACUGAUAUUCGCUAUUUUUGGGUUGUGACCUGUUGCGUGACAGCCAGUACUAUGCUUUUUUAUCUACGUUUGAACAUACGCGGAGAUGUAUCUAUAUCCCUAUGGUAAUUUGUACUACAAGAAACGCACACGUUUGUAAAAGACUGUUGUCUCGCAUCAAAAUUGGCUGUGUGCUUAGCUUCGUCCGCUGCGUCUUUACUGCAAUUUGUGAUCGACGUCUUGUCACUCCCGAUAGUGGUGGCAAUGUUGUUGUGUUACGUUUUGGUAACUUUUACGGGGAGGCUGUUAUUUUGCAUAUCUCAGGCAUAAUGGCUGAGUGAGUAGCGGGGUUACGUUACCAAGUAAAUAACAUCUGGGAGGCGCAUUGGCUGUCUGUGGAUCUGUCCAUGACCUAGCUUAGUUGUUUCAUGCAAAAUUAUGGACGUGAGCAAUUAUCUGUCUGUAUUCGUUAACCUCGAACAUUCAUAGUAUAUUCGCAGCAUACUACG